AUGGCUAGCGCUUAUCACUGGGAAGCCCGACGCAGACAGAUGGCUCUGGACCGGAGGAGACACUACCAGCUUCAACAGGAACUGAAGAACAAAAAGAUAGAGAGUGACCUGGAGGAACAAAGAUACUGCAUGGGGCUUGAACCCUAUCAGCGGUAUCACUCUCCAAGCCCUGACCGUGACUACCUGUAUGGCAACGAGAGCCCUGAGACCUCUCACCGGAACACUGGAGCCUACCUCACUGGACAGUCUCCAGAAGACUUAAGACAUAGCUACACAUUUCCUGAACGCCAGAACGUGGGCCACUGUAUGUGCCAGUGCCAAUGCCACUUCCAAGGUCAUGGCCAACAUCAGAGCAGGAGCCAAGACCAGGAGGAAGACCAGGAUGAGGACCAGGAAGAGAUCCAGGAUGUGGGACAGAGCAAGAGCCGGAACCGGGACCGGGACCGGGACCUAUGCCAGAGCAAGAGCCAAGACCGGGACCGGGGCCUGGGCAAGAGCCAACGCCAGAGCAAGAGCCAGGUCCGGGACCGAGAACAGAACAAGAGCCAACGCUCCAGCAAAGACCAAGGUCAGACCGGACACCAUCCUGGUCACCACCAUCACAAAAUUCAUACUGUGGGUCACCAACAAGCUGCUCAUCGUCCCCAAGAAUUCAAACACAGCGCCCCAGAUACUGUUCGCCAUCCCAAACGUGGAAAGAGAUACACGGCUACGGAGUAUGUCCAGCAGUGGUAGUGGAGAGAGGACCCAGUCUCAACACUGUUGUUCAUCAGGAGACGAGAACCAAUCAGUAAUCAAUGAAGCUGGCAUCUAAAACUUACCCUUAAUAAAUCUUUUCCCC